CCUCUGACACGCGCUUACGCAGAAAUAAAGCUGUUAGCGUGUAGGGAAGGACUUUGGUUGGGACACCUCACUGCACAGAGCCAAGAUGGUUGUCAUUAAGGACAUGAGUUUCAAAGCUGGCCAGGAGCUGAAGAUCUCUGGCAAAGCCAAAAAAGCCACUUCGUUCUGCGUGGAAGUUGGCCACAAUGCAGAUGGCAUAGCCCUGCACUUCAACCCACGUUUUGAUGAGCAUGGCGAUGUCAACACCAUCGUCUGCAACUCCAAACAGGGAGAUUGCUGGCACGAGGAGCACAGGGAGACCCUGUUCCCAUUCCAACCUGAAGAGGAUUUCAAGAUUGCUAUAACUUUCAACAAUGAAACCUUUUACAUCAGUCUCCCGGGUGGCAACAUGAUACAUUUCCCUAACCGCUUCGGCGACGACAAAUUCAAUUACCUGAGUUUCAAGGGAGACGUUAAGAUCUACAGCGUCAAAAUCAAAUGAGGCAAUCAUCUUGGCUUGACCAACCACCAUCUCCGCAGGGACUUUGCCAUUGUGUGAACGUCGUCCUGUUUCUGUCUCACUGUAACAUCAUCAAUGAAAUAUGUUGUGACUGCGGUCUGACUUAAUUAUAUCUGUGAAUCACUGACUGUGAAAAAUUGCAUGUGUGCAGUGAAAAACAAUGACCUGUGCUCGGGCCUUAGCAACCUAAGUCCUAGUCUCAUCCCACUGUUCAUAACCACUAAUAAAACAUUCUUUUUUUCACAA